AUGGAAUUUUUAUUUUUACCAAUAGAUGAACAAAAUCAACAAAGAGAUAGUGGUAAUUUGGUUUUAUGUAUGUCAUGGGUGAUAGUGGUGGGUAUUGAAAGUCUUCAAUCUGAAAUUAGAGAACAUCAUAGAAUGAAUCAUCCAGAGUUAUUUAAAAAAUCCUCUCAAAUAAAGUUUGACAGACAAUUACCCCUAAAACAUCAACCCAAUCAAAGUUCAAUCAAAUAUAAGAUAGAUCGAGAUAGAUUUGUUAAUAAUUUAUUAAGAAAAAUGAGUAUCACAGAGAAAAUUGGACAAAUGACUCAAUUGGAUAUAGGUACAAUUACAAAACCAAAUUCAGCUAGUUUGAACUAUACUCAACUCGAUUACCUGACUAAAACCUUCAAUAUUGGAAGUUUCCUAAACUCACCUGUAUCUCAAGGUACAGUUGAUAAUGGAACCAUUUAUACUUUGAACACCACCACCUGGAUGAAUUUAAUCAAAGAUAUACAGACCUAUUCAAUCAAGAACAGUCCAAAUAAAAUCCCAAUGAUUUAUGGUCUUGAUUCGGUACAUGGUGCUAAUUACAUUCAUAAAGGAACACUUUUCCCACAUAAUACUGGUUUAGCAGCUACUUUUAAUCCUGCUUUAGCAACAAAAGUUGGAAGUGUUACUGCAAAGGAUACAACAGCUGUUGGAAUUCCAUGGAUUUUCGCACCAGUUUUAGAUCUUGGAAUCAAUCCAUUGUGGUCACGUAUCUAUGAGACAUUUGGUGAAGAUCCACAUGUUGCUGCAACAAUGGGUUCUGCAGUGAUUCGUGGUCUCCAAGGUAACCAAGAUCCAUUCAACGGACAUAUUGAAUCGCCAUAUGGAGUUGGAAGUGCCAAACACUUCUUUGGUUACUCCAAUCCAAAGUCUGGAAAAGAUAGAACACCAGCUUGGAUUCCAGAGAUCAUGAUGAGACGUUAUUUCCUGCCAUCGUUCGCUGCCGGUGUCAACGAAGGUAUCGGUACUGUGAUGGUGAACUCUGGUGAGAUUAACGGUAGACCGAUGCACGCCACUCGUAAAUACCUCACCGAUUUGCUUCAGGAUGAGUUGGAGUUUGAAGGUGUCAUCGUAACCGACUGGGAGGAUAUCAUUAAGUUGUGUUAUUUCCACCAUAUUGCCAGUAACCCUUAUGAAGCUAUUAGUAUUGCGCUAGAUGCCGGUAUAGAUAUGUCGAUGGUUCCCUCCGAUACCAGUUUCCCAACUUACCUUAGAGAGAUGGUGUUAGCAGGUAUCGUACCAGAACACCGUUUGGAUCGUUCGGUCCGAAAGAUUCUCAAUCUCAAAUACUCUCUCGGUCUUUUCAAGAAUCCAUUCCCAGAUCCCAACAACCCAUAUCUUAAAACAGUUGGAAGCGCUGAAGACAGAGCAUUGGCAGCAUCGAUUGUUGAGGAAUCCAUUGUUCUCUUGCAAAAUCAUAACAACACUCUUCCACUCUCCAAAACCAUCGGUAGUAUCUUGGUAACUGGUCCAUCAGCAAACAAUCUAACAAAUUUAAAUGGUGGUUGGUCUAUUCAUUGGCAAGGUGCACUUAAUGAUUCUGAAUUCCCAUUUGGAACAACAAUCUUGAAAGGAUUUAAGCAAACACUUAACAAUACUCAGGUCAAGGUAGAAUACAAAGUUGGUGCAAUGUUUGGAAGCUCUAAUGAACCAUUGUUGAAAGAAGCAGCCGAUGCAUCUUCAACUGCAGAUGCAACCAUUGUCGUCAUUGGAGAACUUCCAGAGGCAGAGACUCCGGGUGAUAUCAAUGACUUGACAAUGGAUCCAUCCAACACUGCGCUGCUCGAGGCAAUCUUGGACAACGCCAAAGGACCAGUCAUUUUGGUGAUUGUCGAAUCACGUCCACGUGUUAUCGAUCCAAAGCUCGUUGCCCGUUGCUCUGCUGUAUUGAUGGCAUUCCUUCCAGGUUCAGAGGGUGGAAAACCAAUUGCCGACAUCGUAUUUGGCAAUGUCAAUCCAUCGGGACGUAUGCCACUGACCUACCCGGCCUACACCGGUGACAUUGGUGUCACCUACUUCCACAAAUUCUCAGAGUCACUCGCUACUUCGCCGCUCUUUGAAUUCGGUCAAGUCGAUCUCGAGCCUGGAAAUUCGACCUUUGUCAAAUUCCGUUUGGCACUCGCCGACUUUUCAUACAUCUCUGAAGAUCUAAUGGUAACCAUUGAUUCCGGUCUAUUCCAAAUCGCAAUUGGCACCAUUCAAAUGAAUCUCAUUUUAGAAUAA